UCGGCCAAUGUCGGCUGCAGGAAAACGCGUCCUAACCGCGUCAACCGCGAAAUGUGAAAUGCAUAUGUUCAUGUCGCGUGAUCGUUCACUGUGAUUGUCAUUGCCAGUCCGUAUUCAAGUAUCACCACACUACGCACAACCAUGAGCGUGGAAAUUUGUUACACGGACAUGUGCCGCGCCUGUAUGAAAACCAACGGCACCAUGCUGUCGAUGUACGGCGAUAAUAAAAUCAAAGGCAUGAAUCUGCCGGGCAAGCUCGUAGAACUCACGUCUGUCGAAAUUAACCAAUUCGAUGGACUUCCCGACAAACUCUGCUGCAAAUGUGCUUAUCGUAUUCAUGUUUUUUAUGACUUUAAGCAGCAAGUACAAGAAACAAACAAGAAAUUGUUAAAGAUGUUUGGGAAACAGGAGCGCAUGUUAAAGAAAGAACCAUUAGAUGAGAAAAACAUCAUAGACAUUUCUAUGCCAAUAAACGAAUCCUUUGAAUUCAUAUUGCCAAGCGAUCCGAGUGAUAUCUCACAGAAUUUAAUGCCUGAGAUAAUAGAAGAGACAACUGAGGACAAGCAAGAAGUUAUGAUAGAUGUAUCUCAGUUAUUCGGAAACCACAAUGAUGAAAAGGAUAGUAACCUCAGUUGGGCUGAUGUUCUUUCCAAUCUACGAGAAACCAGCGAGGAACAAACGGACGUAGGUUCUGUAAAAACUGAAGCACCAGAGGAGAUACCAGAGGAAAUACCAGAGGAAAUUACGAAGAUCUUGGACUCGCAGCAGUACACUAUAAUGUAUGUACCGAAAUCUAUAAUCGAUUCCACCACGGAAAUUUCGAUAUCUGACUCGGAUCAAGAAAAAGCCGAGAACGACCACAACAUACUUGUAGAUGCCAUGAAAAUAUUGGAUAAAGAAGAGGAAGAUAUCGAAGAGUUCUCGCACGACAUAUGUGCUUCUAGUCCGGUGGAGUCGAAAGCAGUUACGGAGAAGAAACGUACAACUUGCACAACAGAUCAGGACGAUGACUCGAUGGAAAAUAAGGAAACGAGCGAAGAGAGCAAUUCGAAAAUUGAACAGCUUGCACUGCAAACGGACAACGAUGAGUCUGAUUCCGAUUACUUCAUCGAUCCUAAGGACAACAUAUUAGGUAGCCUGAACGACAUGAUAACGCGGAUAAAAGAGCUGAGGCAGGGAAACGAGACUAUAUAUCAGUGUACAUUGUGUUUGCAAAAUUACGAUCAACUGAUAGGCGGGUUGUUACACAUCAUCGACAACCACGUUCCUAGCAGUGGGCCUUUUUUCUGUGUGGUAUGCGAGAAGGACUGCGACAGCCACCGAGAAUUACGUGCGCACGCGAAAACGCACACCGGCCGUUUGCCAUAUUCGUGCUUCAUCUGUAAUAAGGCAUACGCUACGAAACGUUACUUGAAGCGGCACAUGGCGUGUCACGCCGAUUUUCCGCGCUACCGUUGCUCGAAGUGCAGCAUCCGUUUUACGGCCAAGGCGGACCUCGAGACUCAUAUGACAACGCAUGUGUGUGGCGCACCUUUCGCCUGCAGCCAGUGUUCGCGCAAAUUUAAUCACAAGGGUAAUUACAAGCGACACUUGAUCAGUCACUUGGAUCCGCAGGGCCUUUAUCUGCCUAAGUAUCCGUGCGAAACCUGUAACAAACGAUUCCCCAACAAACGCACACUAGAAACUCACAUGCGUGUCCAUACCGGUGAAAAGCCGUUCUGUUGCGAAAUCUGUGGAAAAUCGUUUUCACAGCAAGGUAACCUGCUGAAUCACACAAGGAUACAUUCCAAUCCGCGUAGCUACACAUGCGAUGUUUGCAAUAAAAGUUUUAACCAGCAUGCCACGUUAAAGGAUCAUCGGCUACUGCACACAGGCGAAAAACCUCAUGUGUGUAAUGUAUGUGGAGUUGCGUUUACGUUUAGCGCUGCAUUGAGGAGGCACAUGUGGUCUCACACGAACAAAAAGCCGUUUAGAUGCGAAAUAUGCCAAGCACAAUUCGUUGGCAAAUACGAUUUACGACGACACAUGCAGGUGCAUACCGAUCGGCCCAAAAUGAAACGAAAGAAAAACGCUACAUCGAAAUCGAACAACCUUCUCCGAGAAGAAUUCAAGGAAGAAGAUUCCAUCACAAUGGAGCCGAAUAUUGAAACAAUACUCGUUGAAGAAGUACUUUUGGCAGAUGACGUCACGGAAGUUGCGCAUCAAGCUGAAUCAGAGAAAGAGAACUUCGAUGCAUUAUUCAAUUUUACAUAGUAUGAUUAAUGUGUUUACAGUGAUAUUUACAGACUAGCUACUACUGUUUACAAUGAAAAAAAUAUUAGCUUUUUUUUUUCAUUCGUACUUUUCAUCUAAUUCAUCCGAAUGCUGAUCAAUUUUUCUCUAUUCAAUUUAUUUUCAUUAAUAGUAAAGAAGUUUAUACGGCAAAUUUACACCGAAAACGUCAAAUUUUUUAAGUUUGAUGAAGUUAUAAACAGUUUAUAUGUAAAUAUACUGUAGUGAGAAAAUGUGCGGAUGUUUGAGCUUUAACUCUUCGGAAUUUUUUCUCUCUAAAUUUCAUGGAGUAAAAUUUACUUGAAAAGUAGACCAUCGAGCUAUAUUAAGUGAAUUCUACAAUCUGAAUCGUUAAAUAAAUAUUUUCACUUGAAAUUGAAAUAUAAAUCGGAUCUAUUCCGCCAUAAUAGCAAUAUAUUUAUUUUAAUCAAUUGAAACAUUCGCUUUCAUGGUUCAGAACUUAAACUAAACUUAAGUAAACAAUCACUCUUGCAAUUUCGAAUGGCAGUAUUUUCAUUCGAACGAUAGUAAAAGCACUGCCGCUUUUUAUUCAUUUAGAGAUUCUACUCUAAGAAAUUUAGAGAAUUGAUAUAGCUAGAAAUCUUUUUCUUUUGGAGAUCCUUUGAAGAAAUAGAAAUAUUAUUUUAAAAUAUUUGAUAUAUUUUAGAAGUAUUCAUAAAUCUUAGUGUUGUUAAUUUUACUCAAAUACCCGAAUCUUUCAAUAAUUGAAUGUACCACUAAUUUCAAACGUUAUAAAUUUGAUUUUUUUAACGAUAACAGAUAAUAAUAACAUCUGAAAUCAACCAUAUACUUAAUUACUGAAAGAUUUUGGUACCCAGAUAUUCAAAAUUAACAGCACUAAUAAACUUUUCUUG